AUGGAGAAGCAGCCGAGUGACAAUGUCAACCGCGAUGGCUCUGUCCUCGAAAGCCAGCCAUCCGAUGCCGUCAAGAGCACCAGCUCCGGCGGUGUUCUUGCCCGUCUGAACGAGAGAAUCGCUUCAAUUAGGUUCAUGGAGGCCCGCGGCAUCGAACGGGUACCUGAAUCAGAGCGUCAUAGCGCCACCGCCGCCGAUUACAUGCAGAUGGGCCUGCUGUGGUUCAGUACAAACAUCACCGCCAACAACAUCGCCGUUGGCAUGCUUGGUCCGUUGGACUAUGGUUUGAGUUUUACCGAUUCUGCGCUGUGUGCUACUUUCGGCGCCCUGCUGGGUGCUGCCGGUGCUGCGUAUAUGGGCACUUGGGGUCCAGUCAGUGGUAACCGUACUAUGGUCAUUGCGCGUUAUUUCAUGGGUUACUACCCCAGCAAAAUCUGCGCUCUUCUUAAUAUCGUCAUCAUGUUGGGUUAUGGAAUGAUUGACUGCCUCGUCGGAGGCCAGGUUCUCUCUGCCGUCGCCGGCGGUAACAUGACUGUGGUCGUCGGUACAAUUAUCGUCGCCAUCAUUACCUGGAUCGUGGUCAUCUUCGGAAUGUCCGUCUUCCACAAGUACGAAAGAUGGGCAUGGGUUCCGCAAUUGAUUGCCUUGUUCGUGCUGGUGGGUUCCGCUGGUCCCAAGUUUGACACCGAUAUUCCUUCUGUUGGCAGCUCGCGAGACAUCGCCGGCAACCGCUUGUCCUUCUUCUCACUCUGCCUGUCCUCUGCCGUUGCUUGGGCCCCUGCCGGUGCCGACUAUUACGUGUACUACCCACCGACCACUAAGAAAUGGGUCACCUUUACCAUGAGCUUCUUUGGCAUCGGUCUUGCACUGACAUUUGCCAAUCUGCUUGGUGUCGGUCUCGGCUCCGGCACUUAUAGCAACGCUGACUGGGAGGCUGCCAACGAAGUUUCCUCGGGCGCUUUGAUCAUGCAAGGCUAUAACGGAUUGGGCGGAUUUGGAAAAUUCCUUGGUGUUUUGGUUGCGCUGGGUCUCAUCGCAAACAAUAUCCCAGGUACUUAUUCGGCCACUCUUGGCUUUCAGACCCUUGGCCGAUACGGAGUUGCAUUGCCCCGUUGGUUCUGGACCUGUGUCGGUGUGGUCAUUUACACUGCAUGUGCACUGGGUGGCCGAGACCAUCUAUUUGAAAUUUUCGAGAACUUCCUCGCUCUGAUGGGCUACUGGGUCACGAUCUUCUUGAUCAUCGUGCUUGAAGAACACAUGAUCUUCCGCUGGGGCAAGAUUGCACCGGCUUUCGACUGGUCGAUCUGGGCAGACCGAAGCAAGCUGCCUCUCGGUCUAGCUGCGUUCACAGCAUUCGUGGUUGGAUGGAUAGGAAGCAUCAUGUGCAUGUACCAGAUCUACUAUGUUGGUCCCAUCGCCAAGUUAGUCAGCACCGAUGGUGCAGAUCUGGGUAUUUGGGUGGGUUGUGCUUGGGCCAUGAUUGUUUUCCCUCCGCUGCGAUGGCUGGAGCUGAAGAAAUUUGGUCGAUGA